AUGUCUACCCAUCUCUCCAGUGAACCAACAUCAACAGGUACGGCCAUUAGUAGGAGUCCACAAACUCCUACUACAAAUGCUACAACUGUUAUCAAGGCAGUGGAUUCAGACGUAACUAAAUCCUAUCCUUCACCUUCCGCUGAAUAUGAGCAAGUUGUUCAGAAUGCAGAGAUGUUCAUGCAAACACUUCAGGAUCUUCAUAGACAUUUGGGCACCAAGUUUAUGGUGCCUACCAUGGGAGGAAAGGCCCUGGAUCUACGUUUCCUUUUUGUGGAGGUAACGUCCCGUGGUGGUCUUGAAAAGGUUAUUAGAGAUCGGAAAUGGAGGGAUGUGAUUGCUUUAUUCAAUUUCCCAGCAACAAUUACCAAUGCUUCGUUUGUCUUGCGGAAGUACUAUAUUUCCUUGCUUCAUCACUAUGAGCAAGUGUAUUACUUCCGCCGACAUGGCUCAUUGACCUCAAUGGCUGUUUCUGUGGGUAAGAGCCCUGCCUGUGGGUCAGCAACCUCACAAGUUCAAGCUAAUGUCCCACCUUCUAAUGAACAAGGAAGCACUGUAAACCCAUCACCAGGAAGUCCUCAACUGCAUGUUGGUUGUCCAGUUUCUGGAAUAAUUGAUGGAAAAUUUGAUCAUGGCUAUUUAGUGACUGUUAAUUUUGGUUCUGAUAAGUUGAGAGGGGUCCUGUAUCACAUUCCUGAUGAGUUACAAGUGCCGAGGAGUUCUAUUACUUCAACUGUGAGUAAUCGGCCGAACCGUAAAAGAUCCCAGAUGGCAUUGAAGGAUCCUCCUCGCCCUAAACUAAAUAGGAGUGCUUACAAUUUCUUUUUUGCUGAGCAUUACACAAGACUGAAACCAUCGCAUCACGGGCAAGAGAAAGUCAUCAGUAAGAAGAUUGGGCAUCUAUGGAGCAAGCUCACUGAGGAUGAAAAACAGAGUGUUAAUGUGAUAUGGAGUUUCACACAAGAAGGGCGUGCUGAGGUGCCUUCAAUGACUAGCGCAGGAAAUAUUCAAAAAAGUCUAUCGGGAGAAGGGACUGAAGGACAAGGAGAGAUACCAGAGUGAGAUGUUGGAGUACAGGAAAAUAUCCAGAGCUUCAAUCCUUCAAUAGGCUAUGGAAAUUGAUUAUCAGGAGAGAGAGAGAGAGAGAGAGAGAGAGAGAGAGAGAGACUCCUGUCUUAU